AAAAGUCAGAAUACUGGGAUUAAAGUAAACAUUUUCAGAUAUAAAUAAGAAUUCUGACUUUUUUUUCCCCUCCCAGGAUUCUGACUUUAAUCUCAGAAGUGUGAAUGUUUUCCCCCUCAAAAUUUAACUUAAGCUCAGAAUUCAUGCUGUAUUUAUUUAUUUAUUUGUUCAUUUUACAUGUGGCUCUAAUACUCUUCCGUAAUUACCAGGCCGAUUCUGUCCAGGAGAAGAAGAACAAACAUGGUGUCAAAAACACUAAUGUGAUGCCAUUCCUCGUGACUAACCGAGGGCCACCUUCUUUGUGUCUCUCCCCUCACCAGCAGCAGCACCAGCAGCAGCAGUAGAGAGAGAGGGAGAGAGAGAAUGCUUCACAUCAGACAGAGCCUCAGCCGGCUGCAGCAGCGGUGGAGGGAGGCUCACUAACUGACAGAGAGGAGACAGAGGCAAACCUCCGUCCUUCGCGACACUUAAAACACCCGAAAGUGGAAGGAAAAGGGCGGUGAAAGAGCUGGACCCGGAGAGAACUACGUUCAUUUUUUAUUUACGUGUUGUUUUUCUUCUGUACUUGAGGAUGUACUGUGUCCGCUGGCUAACCAGGUAGAGCGGCAGAGACUUGACUGGAUUUUCAUCACACCGCCGCUGCCGCCCAGUCGUUUGCUUCGGCAGGCAGAAACGGAGCCACGUACGGCGGCGGCCACUCAGCCACUCAGCCCCGACAGUGAGGAGGAGGAGAGCCAGUGACACGAGGCGCCACUUUCUUUUCGUAUUCCCACACAGCUUUAAUGAAGAGGCAAACCUGCUAACAUUCAUGCAGAAGGGACCCUCGUCAACAAGUAUGGGGUCACCAUGGAAACCAUUUCUCCUUCUGUCUGUCAUCAGUGGCCUUUCAGAUUUCGCAAGAGCUGUCGCAGCACGGCCUAUAUCGUACGCCGCAGUGUUGCGACUGAGGCCGGACAGCUCUUCAUCCGUGCUCAACGCGCGCAGCAGAUCCAGACAACACCACAGUGGUGGGCUGGUGACGACUGACUGGCCUGUUUUCUCCAGUCACCCACUGUCAGCCCUGAGUCUGCUCAGCUCUCAGGAGGACUAUCGUAGCGAAGAAAGCGAAGAGUUUGGGCCCCUAUUUGUUCAAGAGCCUGACGAUGCUAUUUUUCCACUGGAUUCUAACGACAAGAAAGUGAUGAUGCACUGUGAAGCGCGGGGAAAUCCAACACCUAAGUACAGUUGGUACAUCAAUGGGACAGAAGUGGACUCGGAGGCGGAUUACCGCUACACUUUAAUUGAUGGAAACUUGAUUAUUAGCAAUGCGAGUGAGACCACGGACUACGGCAAGUACCAGUGUAAAGCAGAGAACAGCGUCGGGACCAUCUUGAGUCGAGAUGCUCACGUACAGUUUGCAUAUCUUGGUGCUUUCAGUGGGAAGACCCGAGGCGGGGUCUCGGUGCGUGAAGGCCAAGGUGUGGUUCUCAUGUGCACCCCUCCUAAUCAUUCACCAGAGAUUAUCUACAGCUGGGUGUUCAAUGUGUUCCCCUCCUUUGUUGCCGAGGACAGCCGGCGCUUCAUCUCCCAGAACACAGGCAACCUGUACAUCUCAAAGGUGCAACCAUCUGACGUGGGGAGUUACAUCUGUCUGGUGAAGAACACGGUGACAAAUGCCAGGGUUCUGAGCCCUCCAACGCCUCUGACACUGAAAACUGACGGUGUCAUGGGUGAAUAUGAGCCCAAAAUUGAAGUGCAUUUCCCUACAUCUGUUCUGGCUGCCAAAGGAGUCACUGUCAGGCUGGAGUGCUUCGCUCUGGGGAAUCCAGUGCCAACAAUCACCUGGAGGAAGAUAAAUGGCAACAUCCCCAAGAAGGCACGGCUCCGGAAGUCGCAGGCUGUGCUGGAAAUCCCCAACAUCCAAUUGGACGACUCAGGAACUUACGAGUGUAAGGCUGAGAAUCCGAGAGGAGGGACUGCUUUCAAAGGACAUCUACAGGUCUACACCUUUCCUCUGUGGGUGAGAAUGAUUAAUGAUACUCAGAUGGAUAGUGGCGAGAAGCUCCAAUGGGAGUGCAAGGCCACAGGGAGGCCCCGGCCCACCUAUCGCUGGCUUCGUGACGGCUUGCCCUUGACAUCCCAGGGUCGCGUUGAAAUCGUGAACGGAGAUCUGACCAUUUACAAAGUGCAGCAGACAGACUCGGGGAUGUACCAGUGUGUUGCAGAAAAUAAAUACGGGGCCAUCUACUCCAGUGCUGAACUAAAGAUUUUAGCAUCAGCACCCGUUUUUGUUCCCAAUCCCAUACGGGUCAUUGCCACGCUUGGAAAAGACGUGUCGCUUGAAUGCAAACCCAGAGCAUCACCGAAACCACGGAUCACAUGGAAGAGAGGAGACAGGAGGAUACAGCCGAAUAAAAGGAUUAUGUUGUUACGGAACAACACUUUAAGGAUUGUUAACUCCAGCCGAGCGGAUGAGGGGAACUAUGUGUGCCGGGCGGAGAAUCAGUUUGGCUCGGCAGAGAUGACUGCCAUACUGUGGGUAAAAGAGGCCAUGCGUGUGGAGCUUAGCCCGAUCCGGGUGGAAGUCACUGUGGGGGAGAGCGUGGUGCUGAGCUGCAGAGCGACACAUGACACAUCGCUGGACGUGGCCUUCCAGUGGUUCUUCAAUCAGAGGCCCAUCAACUUCCAGCAGGAUGGCAGCCACUUUGAAUACAUCCAAACAGUAAGAGUGAGACAGUCUGCAACAGUGGAUCUGAUGAUCAGGAGCAUAUUACUGAAGCAUGCUGGGAAGUAUGGGUGUCGGGCGCAGACCAUUGCCGACACUGUGUUUGCAGAGGCUGAACUUCUUGUGCGGGGUCCUCCUGGCCCUCCUGGCGUAGUGAUAGUGGAGGAGAUCACAGAUACCACAGCCACCCUGUCAUGGACCCGUGGCCUAGACAACCACAGCCCUAUCACCACCUAUAAUUUACAGGCCCGCAGCCCAUUUUCUCUCGGCUGGCAAACUGUCAAAACAGAUCCAGACCCAGUCACUGGGGACAUGGAGUCGGCUAUCGCUGUGGAGCUCAACCCCUGGGUGGAGUAUGAGUUUAGGGUGGUGGCCAGCAACGCCAUCGGGACUGGAGAUCCCAGUGCACCUUCGAGAGCAGUACGGACUAAAGAAGCAGUUCCGGCAGUGGCGCCAGCCAACGUGAGUGGAGGGAAUGGUCGCAGGCAUGAACUGGUCAUCUCAUGGGAGCCGGUGUCUGAGGAGUUCCAAAAUGGCGAGGGCUUCGGGUACAUCGUCGCAUUCCGUGCCAACGGAACCCGAGGCUGGAAGGAGAAGAUGGUGACUUCGGCGGAUUCCACGACGUACAAAUACCGAGACGAGACCUUCCCUCCCCUCACUCCGUUCGAAGUCAAAGUGGGAGUGUACAACAAUAAGGGAGACGGACCAUUCAGCAAAGUGGUUAUCAUCCACUCUGCAGAGGGGGAACCGAGGGAAGCGCCGACAGACGUGAAAGCUCACAGCCUCUCUGCAUCAGAGAUCAGGAUCACAUGGAAACCUCCCAAUCCCGGUCCCGGGCGACCCAGAGGAUAUGAGGUCAGCUACUGGAAAGACAUGGAGCAGGAAGAGUCGAGCAAAAAACAAAGAACGGUGAAAAACGAAACAUCCACAGUCCUGACUCAACUGGAGGGGAACAGUCUGUACCUCAUCACGGUGAAAGGCUUCAACAGCAUUGGCCAGGGUCCUGCAAGUGCUGCUGUCACAGCCAGGACCAGGAAAGCCCCGCCGGCUCAACCUCCAGCCAGCCUCAUGUGGAUUCAGGAGGGCAACAACGUGUCAUUAAGCUGGGAUCCGGUGAAAGCAAAAGACAAUGAAUCUGAUGUCAUCGGGUACAUGGUGUUAAUCAAACAGGAGGGCAGAGGCUACAGCCAGGUGACAAGAACCAUAAACCCGUCCACCAUGCUCUCACUGCCGGAGGGGGGCACCUAUAUCAUUGAGGUGCGCGCUCUCAGUGAAGGAGGAGAAGGAGCCGUCAGCUCCCAGGUUCGAGUCGUCACCUCCUCCGGUGUUCGUGCAAAAAGCAACCAGUGCUCGGUGCACUCGCCGCCGCAGAGCCUAACAUGGGCAGCACUGCUCCUGGUUCUUCUGGUGCCUUCAGCUUCCUGGUGAGGCCACUGUGGCGUCCUCAUGUCCACAGAGGGAGCCACCAGUCUUUGCUCCCUCACUCCCUCUGACUGCCUGCUUGCUUUGGCCUUACCCGUCCCAAAGGGCCCAAGGACUGCCGAAGGGGGUCGAGUCUGCCAGUCAACUCACUUCAUCCUUUUUUCAAGUUCUACUCUGUUCCUUUUAUUGACGUUCCCCCCCCCCCGGACGUUUGAUUUGCUGUAUUUCCAACACCUCGGUGGUGUCGUACUGUAGUAUACAUUGUGUGGAAACAUUUGUCUAACUAUUUACUUUACAUCACGUGUUCCGCUGCACUGACUGGCAUCGCACCACGUCCAGACGGCCCCCACAGCUCCGGGGCCUCUGCAGAGCGUGAACAUUUCCUUGAGAGCUGCUGUGGCAGUAAUACAGGGAUCAGCCGGCCUGUUUCUUCUCAUUACUUAUCUGCAUCAAUUUACCCCUUGGCUGCCUAACAAGCAAUGAAGCAGACGCUCAGUAGAGAUAAGUGCAUUGUUUUCUUAUUCACACAUUGAGGUGGUGGGGGGGGGGGAAAGUUUUUUAUGGAACCAAGAAUCUUACUAUUUCCAGACUUGCUUUUUGUACAUUGUGUUACCUUUAGAGAGAAACAACAAAAAAAAAAAGAAAAACAGUGGUGUGUGUCCGCUCUGUCAUACUCUGUUUUUGGUAGCGAUUAAGCAACGCUUGGUGGUACGGUUUGUUGACUGGAUGUGUGGAAGUACGUGACCGGGUAUGUUUACCUGUGACCGGAAGCACACCGACGCGACAAAGAUAACGCUAUACGGACUCUUGGUGUCAGUACAAAUAAAUGUGAUGUAUAUUUUUUAAA